CGUCAUAAUUUUUUUUAUUAGUAAACAUCAUGGAGAAUACUGUGGACAAUGAGGAGUAUUUAUCGUGGGUUAAAGUAACAAUAGCCCCCUUGUUGUUUAUAUUAUUUACUUUGAAGGGACUUUGGUCAAGUCAGACAAACAGUGGAUACAAGUUGAUGUACCUUUUUUCUAACGGGAAUGUGGCACAGAUUGUAUCUUCCAUCAUCUUCAUCAAGGUCUUCUUUGAUGUGAUAUGUUUAGUUUUCGGUACCAAAGUAGUUCGCCGCAAGAUUUACAAACCCUUCAAACCCAAGAAGUUUACAAUUCUUCUCACAGUUUUACUGACUUUCUCUACGGCUGAUUGUCCAACCGAAUUAGUCAGCCAUGAUGGACCAAAUGGCGAAAUCGUUUGUUGUAAGGGGAUAGCAUGUGCUCCAGGAAACUAUGUACAAACUUGCCGAGUAAACAACACGGAAGAUUUCUGCUUGCCAUGUGGACCCCACGCCUAUCUUCCUGAUGCUACAGACUCCAACUUUCCCGUGCCUUGUAUCCCAGCGAAGUGUCCACCAGAUACAAUAAUGACAACUGCCUUUCCAAAAGCUGGGUGUAGAAUGUUGUGUAAGUGCGAUACUGGAAGAGGUUAUUUCGGACCCGAUCCUUGCAACUGCAAAAGCUUGUUUCCAAGAUACAAAGUGAAAACAAAACAGCACCAAGUGAUCGGAAAACGAGGACGGGAUGAUUACUCCAUUAAACCAGCUGUGCUGUUCAUCUCGAUUACUGCUGGGAUUAUAGUACUGGUGUGGUGCCUGUACCUACUAUACGACAGACUGCAUCAGGAACGUGUUCAACUGCCCAACGCAUAAAGACGAAUCUCUGACGGAUGGAAAUAUGAAUCAUGCAUUUACUAAUCUUCCUAAACAGUUUGCAUUUAAAAUGAUAUUCUACAUGUAUAUAACACAAAGGUAUAUUUUGUUUGAAGAUUUUUAAGAUGUGUGAUAUAUACAAAAAAAUAUUGUCCCAUCAUUUGCGUACUUACAUGUACUCAUAAUCACAAUUAGCUUUAGUCAUCAAAUGAAUAAAAUAAAUCAAAAUAUUCAAA